CAAAAAAAAUUUAGGUAAUUCAGUAGGAAAGAGAGGCCCCUCCUGAAUUUUUUUCAAAUAGAUUAGGAGUUGCUUUUUAAGUUAUUAAUGGGUGGUGUUACGGGUGGUUUUGGUGGUGGGAUUGGUGAUAAAUUUUUAAAUUUCCCUUCCUCAAUUAAAGUCUUGGUUGUCUUUUCUCUUUUCCGUGUGUCAUUUUGGUCCAUGAUCUCUGCACCACUUCACCUUCUCUCCACUGUUGUCGCACUUGCUGCUCUCUCUCUCUCAUUUCUCAUUCUCCCUCUUCUCUCAUUUCUUAACCCUAAUACAAGCUGCAAUGCAACAAGUAAACCAGACUUCCGAAGUUCAGGUUCCUUUCCAUCCAUUACCCUUUUGGCUGUGUUUCUCUCUCUAAGUAGAAACCUGAAUUGGAAGAAGAACAAAUAACCAUUGUGGUUAUGGAAAGAAACCAUCCAUUUCUCUUAGAUUAUAAUGGUCAAAACUGUACAAAAUCUCUCACAUUCAUUAACUGUUUCUGUGUUUCAAAAUUGCUGUGAGCUUAACCUAUAUAAACAGCUCCAUGCUAUCUUACUCAUCAACCCCAUCAUAAAAAACUCUUUUUGGUUACCAGUAAUUAAAGGCUAUGUCCAUAACAAGCAACCCCAAGAUGCCAUUGUUCUCUACUCCCAGUUACAUAGGCAAGAAAAGAAGCUACCCCAUCAAGCGAUUCCUCUGGUCUUUAAGGCCUGGGUCUCUCUCUCACUGCUCCCCUGUGGAAGGACCACCCAUACGCAAGUCUUGAAAUCGGGCCUAGAUUCCGAUCUCUUUAUUGGAACAGCCAUGAUUGAUUUCUAUGCGAAAUUCGGUGAGCUUGGCGAGUCAAGGCGUUUGUUCGAUGAAAUGCCUAAAAAGAAUGUGGUUUCAUGGAAUGCUUUGAUUGGAGGCUAUGCGAAGUCAGGCGAUAUGGAAUCGGCAUUCUAUCUCUUUGAAAGAAUGCCUGAGAAAAGCUCGGUUACAUGGACUGAGAUGAUCGAUGGGUACUCGAGGCAGGGCAAAGUGGCAAAAGCUCGAGCUUUGUUCGAUGCCAUGCCUCAUUCAUGUACGAAUGUGGUGAAUUGGACCGUAAUGGUUAAUGCGUGUGCCACUAAUGGAGAGAUGGAUCAAGCUGAGUGGCUCUUUGGUAGGAUGCCAAAGCGUAACUUCUUCGUUUGGAGCUCAAUGAUGGUCGGCUUUUGUCGAUCGGGUAAUCUGAAGAAGGCUCGUGCACUAUUUGAUCGCAUGCCUUCUCAUAAUUUGGUGAACUGGAAUGCUUUGAUCUCUGGUUAUUCGCAAAAUGGGCGCCCUGAGGCUGCCUUGGCAUUGUUUAUAGAGAUGAGAAAUGAAGGUAUGAAACCUGAUGAGGUGACCAUCGUUGGCCUGUUAUCAGCUUGUGGGCAAUUGGGUUCACUCAAUUAUGGCAAAGAAGUCGAGGCAUUGAUAGAUGAGUUCAAAAUCAACAGAAACCAAUUUGUAUCAAAUGCUUUAAUCGAUAUGUAUGCAAAGUGUGGUGAUCUAUGUUCUUCAUUAAGGGUGUUUAAUAAAAUGGAUCAUAGGAAUGUUAUAUGUUGGAAUUCAAUGAUCAGUGGGUUGGCUGCUCAUGGCCAAAGUGAAGAGGCUGUGAAGCUCUUUGAGCAAAUGGUACAUGAAGGAGUGAAGCCAAAUGGUGUUACCUUUGUUGGGGUCCUCUCUGCUUGCUCACAUGGUGGCUAUGUGAAAAUGGGGCACGCAUUUUUCAAGUCUAUGAGAGAGAAUUACGGGUUAAAAGCUGAAAUCGAGCAUUACGGAUGCAUGGUUGAUCUUCUUGGUCGAGCAGGGAAGCUCGAAGAGGCUUAUGAGCUAAUAGAGAGCAUGCCGAUUAACCCUAACACUGUUAUAUGGGGGACUAUGCUUGGAGCUUGUAGGAUCCAUAUGGAUAUGGAAAUAGCAAAAAGAGUAGUUGACGAGGCAGCUCAAACAAAGGCUGAAAAUGAUGUGCAUUAUGUGAUUUUGGCGAAUAUAUACGCAGCUUCAGAUAGAUGGGAACAAGCUGAGAAGUUGCGACAAGCAAUGGUAGAGAAUCGAGUUCGAAAGACACCAGGUUGUAGUUCAGUUGUGGUGGAUGGCACUGAACAUCAGUUCAUGGUUUGUUGAUAUUAAUUCAAAUUUUUUUUAUGAGUAAUGAUCCUAUGAAAC